GUAUGACCUUAAAAAGAGGUGAUAUACCUCCACUACUUCGUUGGUGAAAUUUAUGGUUCAUACCUAUACCAAAAUCCUUUGUCCUUCCUUAUAUUGCCUAUUUGCUCUUGUUAAAUCUUAAAUCUCAGUUCAUGCCACGAACCAACGGUCAACUAAACGGUCACUAUCUAGGAAUAACCCCAUUUUUGUUCAAUGCCUUGUCGGAAUCAUACACAGAGUUCAUCGGAAAAUAUGCUCGCAGCGGCGACUUGGGAUCGGGGAAAGCGUUGCACGCGCGCCUGAUCAUCAAUGGGUUGGCCCGUCGAACCCAUUUCGCAGCAAAACUCAUCACUUUCUACGCUGAAUGCAAACAGGUAAAUGAUGCUCGCAAACUGUUCGACAAAAUUCCCAAGACAAAUGCACGUCGUUGGAUUGUCCUGGCCGGGGCCUAUUCCCGGCAAGGAAUCUACGAGGAAGUUAUGGGACUGUUUAAGGAAAUGCAAGAGGCAAGAAUGCGUCCAAAUAAAUUCGUUCUUCCCAGUGUCUUGAAAGCCUGUGGGCAUCUUUCUGAUCGAAUUACAGGGGAGACAUUGCACGCCGUCAUCCUCAAAAACGAGUUUGAAUCUGAUGCAUAUGUGGUUAGUGCGCUAAUCGACAUGUACUCGAAAUGUGGGAAAGUGGGAAAGGCCAAAAGGGUAUUUGAUGCAAUGGGGAAGAAAGAUUUAGUGGCACUGAAUGCUAUGGUUUCAGGGCUUGUCCAGCAUAGGCAUGAAACUGAAGCUCUGAGUUUGUUCGAGGAAAUGAAACCACAAGGGUUGAAGCCUAAUGUCGUGACAUAUAAUGCAUUGAUUGCAGGAUUUUCUCAAGCAGAUGACAUGGCUAUGGCGUCCAAAGUCUUCGCACUAAUGCAAGAUGAGGGAGUAGAACCAGAUGUCGUUUCUUGGACUUCUCUUGUUUCUGGGCUAGUCCAGAACUUCCACAACCGCAAAGCUUUUCAUGUGUUUAAGCAGAUGAUGAGUGCUGGGAUACUUCCAACUUCAGCGACGCUUAGCAGUCUAUUGCCUGCUUGUGCAUCUUUGGCAAACAUGAAACGUGGUAGGGAAAUUCACGGUUAUGCCAUAGUGAUGGGAGCUGAAAAAGAUGUGUAUGUAAGAAGUGCUCUCAUUGAUAUGUACGCGAAAUGCGGGCUUAUUUACCAGGCAGGUAAAUUAUUCCACACCAUGCCCUCUAAAAACACGGUCACCUGGAAUUCAAUGAUCUUCGGCUACGCAAAUCACGGACAUUGCGACGAAGCCAUUCACCUCUUCGAAAAAAUGGCGAGAGAGGAGGAGGGUAAAAUGGACCACUUGACAUUCACAGCCGCUCUCACGGCUUGCAGUCAUGGUGGGAUGGUCAAGUACGGAGAAAGCGUGUUCAAGAAGAUGGUGGGAGAACACGGAAUCAAACCAAGGUUAGAGCACUAUGCAUGCAUGGUGGAUGUGUUAGGAAGAGGAGGGGAGACAAGAAAGGCAUAUGAGUUCAUUCAAAGUAUGCCAAUGGAGGCGGAUUUGUUCGCGUGGGGAGCGUUGUUAGGGGCGUGCAGACAGUACGGGGAUCUGGAGAUUGCAGAGGUAGCUGCUAAAGAGUUGGCCAAGUUGGAGCCUUUGAGUGCAGGGAAUGGUGUGUUGUUGUCUGGUCUAUAUGCAGAUGUGAGCAGGUGGGGAAAUGUUGCUAAGGUGAAAAUGUCCAUAAAGAAGAACAAGAAGCUCCAAAGGUUUCCUGGGUGUAGUUGGGUGGAUGUUGUUGCAGAAGCUGCACAAAGUUAAGCCAUUUAAGACUCAUUUAUAUGGAGGAUUAGAGUAUAAAUCUUGUCCAAGACCUAUAACUCUAAACUUGAAUUUUUGAUUGAUUAGUUAAAUCCUUGAUAUGGAGAAUGUAAAAAGUGCAUUGGUGCAGGGUAAAUGUAGGUCCAAGUGAUUCAUAUAGUGUAUUUGUUAUAUUCUCAAUGCAUAAUACAUAAACAGGCUUUGCUUUU